AUGGCAUUCGAAAAAUCCUCGAGUGCAAGGCACUAUGGCACACGUAGUGAUAGUGAAGCUUGGAAACACCUGGACAACUGCUUUCCAGAGUUUGCCUCCGAGCCUCAUAAUGUUCGGCUUGGUUUGUGUACAAAUGGUUUUGCUCCUCAUGGCAAGUUUGGGGGACAAUAUUCUUGUUGGCCUGUCAUUUUGACCCCUUACAACCUGCCUCCCUCAAUGUGUAUGAAAAGACAAUUUAUGUUCCUUUCGUUGCUCGUUCCUGGUCCUAAAAAUCCUAAGGGUAACUUGGAUGUGUACAUGCAACCGUUGAUUGAGGAGUUGAAACAAUUGUGGGAAGUUGGUGCACAUACGUACGAUAUUUCCAUGAAACAGAAUUUCAAUCUUCGAGCAGCCAUCCUAUGGACCGUUAGUGACUUCCCGGCCUACGGUAUGUUGUCCGGUUGGGCCACAUCUGGUAAGAAAGCUUGUACAUACUGCAUGGACAAAAGCAAAGCAUUUUGGCUAGAAAAUGGUUGUAAGGUGUCUUGGUUUGAUUGCCACCGCCAGUUCCUUUCGACGAAUCACCUUUUUCGGAAUAGUAUAACUGCGUUCUGCAGAAACAAAGUCGAAAAGGGUGCCCCUCCACACAUUAUGUCAGGAGAGGAGCUGUGGGAAUGUGUGAAAGACCUUCCGAAGGCUACAGAUGGGCCCGAGUUACUUCAACGCCUCAAAAAAGAAAAUAAGGGGUGGUUCAAGCAAAGCAUAUUGUGGGAGCUUCCAUAUUGGAAGCAUCUGCUUGUUCGUCACAACCUAGAUGUCAUGCACAUUGAAAAGAACUUCUUUGAUCAGUUAUUUCACACUGUAAUGGCUGUGAAAAAGCAGACGUGUGACACGCCAUCCGCUCGAAAUGACAUUGCCAAAUAUUGUAAACGUCCGCAGCUUCAUCUUCAGCAGGAUGAUAGGGGAAAAGAGUUCAUGCUAAUGGCUCCAUUUGCUCUUGACAAGGCUCAGAGAAAAGUUUUGUGUGAGUGGGUUAAACAGUUGCGGUUUCCUGAUGUUUACGCCUCCAAUUUGAGCAGAUGCGUCGAUUUGCAAGCAUGUAAGCUCCACGGAAUGAAAAGCCAUGACUGUCACGUGUUCAUGGAGAGGUUGUUGCCUACUGCUCUGCGGGAAUUGCUCCCUUGCCAUGUUUGGAAUGGAAUAACAGAGAUCAGCCAAUUCUUUUGCGAUUUGUGUUGCCUACUGCUCUGCGGGAAUUGCUCCCUUGACAUGGAGCGAUUGGAGAAUAACAUAGCUGAGAUAAUGUGCAAGCUUGAGAAGGUUUUUCCCCCUGCAUUCUUUAACUCCAUGGAGCAUUUACCCAUUCAUUUUCCAUAUGAAGGGAAGUUAUGUGGUCCUGUGCAAUAUAGAUGGAUGUAUCCGUUCGAAAGGUUCCUCAACCAUUUGAAACGAAAAAUUAGAAACAAGGCUCGAGUUGAAGGAUCCAUUUGCAAUGCUUAUCUCACCGAAGAGAUAGCAAACUUCUGCAGUAACUACUUCCAGGCAACGGUUGACACUAAAACACGAGAUCUCGGUCGAAAUGUGAAUGCCGACGUGGACUCCACAGUGGACGACGCUGAAAUUCCAGAGUUGUUCAAGGAGGAUAGCGGUCGUGUGUCAACUGAGGGAAAAACUCGGUUUUUGGAUGAAAAAGAACUGGAUUGUGCUCAUCUGUUCGUGUUACGAAACACCGGCAUUCUUGGUGAAUACGAAAGGAAGUUUGAGGACUAUGUCCUUAGUACUCGACCUUAUUUGCGUAGAGAAGAAGUAAUGGAGAAAUGCAAAGCUGAAUUCCCUAAUUGGUUUCAUCGCAAGGUGAUGUCCACUGUCUAA